AUAGGCGAAAAGAGGAGAGAAAGAGAGAGCACCUCGCCUCCUCCUCAGCCAGAGUGAGGAUAGAGAAACACCGAGAGGAAGCAGCCAGAGGAGACCCGUGGAGUAACCUAAACACAAGACUUUGCGGCUCGGACCACCCGCGGAGGAGUGUUUCGUUGAGUGAAGUGACCGAUUUUCGUUCGACAUGUCAUCGUCCGGUAAAGACAACAGCGGUGCCCAACAUGCCAAUUACGUGGGACCUUACCGUUUGGAGAAGACGCUGGGGAAAGGACAGACAGGGUUGGUCAAACUUGGGGUCCACUGUGUAACGUGCCAGAAAGUCGCCAUAAAGAUUGUUAACCGGGAGAAGCUCAGCGAGUCAGUACUAAUGAAGGUGGAGCGGGAAAUAGCGAUUCUGAAGCUCAUAGAACACCCACACGUUUUAAAGCUACAUGACGUCUAUGAAAAUAAAAAGUACUUGUACUUGGUGCUAGAACACGUAUCAGGAGGGGAGCUUUUUGAUUACCUGGUGAAGAAAGGCAGACUGACACCCAAAGAAGCCAGGAAGUUCUUCAGACAGAUCAUGUCCGCUCUCGACUUCUGCCACAGUCACUCCAUAUGCCACCGGGACCUGAAACCAGAAAACCUGUUGCUAGAUGAAAAGAACAACAUCAGGAUAGCAGACUUUGGCAUGGCGUCCCUUCAGGUUGGAGACAGUCUCUUGGAAACCAGCUGCGGAUCUCCGCACUACGCCUGUCCAGAAGUCAUCAGGGGAGAGAAGUACGACGGGAGGAAGGCAGAUGUGUGGAGCUGUGGAGUCAUUCUGUUUGCCCUCUUGGUGGGAGCGUUGCCGUUCGAUGAUGACAACUUGAGAAAUUUGCUGGAGAAGGUGAAGUUGGGGGUGUUUCACAUGCCACACUUCAUUCCUCCAGACUGUCAGAACCUGCUCAGGGGCAUGAUCGAAGUGGAUGCCUCAAAACGGCUAACACUCGAGCAGAUCCAGAAGCACACGUGGUACAUUGGGGGCAAGAACGAACCAGAGCCGGAGCAGCCCGUGCCCAGGAAGGUGACCAUCCGGAGCCUCCCCUCCUCGGACGACAUCGACCCGGACGUCCUGGAUAGCAUGCACUCUCUCGGCUGUUUCAGGGACAAAAACAAACUGCUGAAAGACCUGCUCUCUGACAAUGACAACCAGGAAAAGAUGAUCUACUUCCUGUUGCUGGACCGUAAGGAGAGGUAUCCCAGUCAGGAGGACCAGAAUCUGCCUCCACGCAAUGAAGUUGAUCCACCAAAGAAGAGAGUGGACAGCCCUAUGUUGAACCGCCACGGGAAGAGGAGACCAGAAAGGAAGUCUAUGGAGGUGCUGAGCGUUACGGAUGGGGGCUCGCCUGUUCCUGCGAGGAGGGCGAUCGAUAUGACACAGCAUGGACAGAGGUCGCGGUCUAUUAGCGGGGCCUCCUCCGGUCUGUCCACCAGCCCUCUCAGUAGCCCACGGGUCACCCCGCACCCCUCCCCUCGAGGAAGCCCUCUCCCCACACCCAAGGGAACCCCGGUGCACACGCCCAAGGACAGCCCGUCCGGGACCCCCACCCCGACACCGCCGCCCAGCCCGUCCAUCGGAGGACUGCCCUGGAGGACGCGUCUCAACACCAUCAAGAACAGCUUUCUGGGAUCGCCACGCUUCCACCGCAGAAAGCUGCAAGUUCCCACACAAGAGGAGAUGUCCAGCCUCACUCCAGAGUCUUCCCCAGAGCUUGCCAAAAAAUCCUGGUUCGGUAACUUCAUCAACCUGGAAAAAGAAGAGCAGAUCUUCAUCGUCAUCAGGGACAAGCCUCUCAGCUCCAUCAAGGCGGACAUCGUUCAGGCGUUCCUAUCGAUCCCGAGCCUGAGCCACAGCGUCAUCUCCCAGACCAGUUUCCGGGCGGAGUACAAGUCCACGGCAGGUCCCACGGUUUUCCAAAAGCCUGUGAAGUUCCAAGUGGACAUCACCUACACGGAGAGCACAGCCGCCACCAAGGAGAACGGCAUCUACUCAGUCACGUUCAUCCUGCUUUCAGGGCCCAGUCGGCGUUUUAAGCGAGUAGUGGAGUCAAUUCAGAGCCAGUUGUUAAGCACACAUGACCAGCCUGGGGUCCAACAACUAACUGACGAGAAGAACGGCCAGGUGCCCUCCUACGCGCCCAAGCACUGCCCCUCGCCCUCGCUUGUCCGGAGGCUUCCCGAUCACGAAAACAAUGACGCUAAAUGUCCCCGGGCUAAGCUAUCCGUGGCAUCGGUCGGCACGCAGGACGAAACUUAGACCUCGCAAAGACGUUUUUCUAUGAAUGACUAAAGAUAUAUUUUCUGAAUGCACAUCUCACUCCCCGGUCAUCCAUCACUUUUCCAUAAUCACAUUCAUCCGAUUAUUCCAUGCUGCUCUAACCUUCCUAUCAUGUCAAUUUUUCCAUCACCAGGAAUUAUCCAAAAAACCUAUUAAGGCGUUCCCAAAUCUACAAACCCCUCCUUCGAAAGAGUGCCAAGAAAGAUGGACAAUUUUAGACGAUGGAAGACAGAAGUACUUUUUUUUCUUCAAAGGAGUUACACACGUUGAAGGGGUUGCCAUAGAAACUCUUCACUUCUAGCUGCCAUUACUAGAAGUAGAUCCCGUAGUCGUUAGUUUUUCCCAUGUCCCAUCAUAGACUUGCAGUACACCGAACUAGACACAACUCAACGCACACUCCAUACAAAUCUACCAGUUUUCCUUCAAUUGGAGACAAGCACUUCUUGGACAUGUCCGGUAUGCACAAAAAUUCCAAAUCUCUGGGAUGUAUUACUAUGAAGAACAAUUACAAUUUACAGACUAAACAUUGACUGAUUUCGAGGAGGAGAGAAGGGAGAGGAGACCCGACACACAACGCCGACGCGGAUUGCUUGCUGGAUUGUAAUGACUUUGAGUUCGCUUUUUAAAUGUACUUUCUUUGUGAAGAACUUUGGAAAAUAUUGACUUUAUUAUGUAUUAUUAUGAUUAUGAUUAUGAUUAUUA